CAUUGCCAUUCACCAGCUGAUUAGCGAUACUGUAAAGCAAUCCCAAUGGCUGCUCAGAAGCUUCUCUCUCUCCUGGUUUUCCAGCUCGCGCUCGUCGCUUUUAUUCUCGACGUCGCCAAUGCUCAAGGCCUCAAAAUAGGGUUCUACAAGAAUACGUGCCCUCAGGCUGAGGAGAUAGUUAAGAAAGCGGCGGCGAGCUUCAUUUCUCGAGCGCCCUCUCUUGCCGCUCCUCUCUUGAGGAUGCAUUUCCAUGACUGCUUCGUCAGGGGAUGUGAUGGCUCUGUGCUACUGAAUUCAACAUCUUCUAACCAAGCAGAGAAAGAUGCGUUUCCAAACCUGUCACUGAGAGGAUACCAAGUCAUCGAAGCAGCUAAAGAUGCCCUUGAAAAAAAAUGUCCUGGUGUUGUGUCUUGUGCUGAUAUUCUUGCUCUAGUUGCUCGUGAUGCAGUUUCCAUGAUGAACGGUCCAUAUUGGCAAGUCCCCACAGGAAGGAGGGAUGGCAGAGUGUCUAAGCUUCAAGAUGCCUUAAACAACUUGCCCGCUCCUACUUUCAGCAUUUCUGCGCUUAAAUCGUCCUUUGCCGCGAAGGGUCUCAGCGUCAAAGACCUUGCCGUUCUCUCAGGAGGACACACCCUCGGAAUGUCGCACUGUUCCUCCUUCACGAACCGUCUGUACAACUUCACUGGCAAGAACGACGCCGACCCAUCCAUGGACCCCAACUAUGUCGCUCAGCUCAAGACCAAGUGCAAGCCGAACGACGCCACCACCAUCGUUGAGAUGGACCCGGGGAGCGCCAAGACGUUUGACGUGGACUACUACACCCUCGUCUCCAAGAGGAGAGGCCUCUUCCAGUCUGAUGCCGCGCUGCUCACCGACAGCACCACCAAAUCCUACGUGCAGCUCCAGCUGACGAGCAAAUCGACAUUUGCCAAAGACUUUGGCGUGUCCAUGGUUAACAUGGGGAACGUCGGCGUUCUCACCGGCAAUUCGGGCGAGAUUAGGAAGAAAUGCUAUUUGGUUAACUAACCAAUCGAGUCGUUUGUCUCUCACCUUGAAUUUACAAAGGUUUUGCAUGUUGUGUGGUAUUCUUUAGUUUUUCCUGUUCUGAUUGAUGCGGUGGGUGGAAUGUCGGUCUCGGAAAGGUAGCGUUCAAGAUGCUGUUGCUUUACUAUUCGUCGGGAUGUAUAAAUCGACAAUAAUUGGCGUAAGGACAAAGCAUGUGACUAUUAACAUAUUAUAAGCACAUGUUCAUUGCAUAUUC